AAAAUUUAAAGACGUAAGUUGCGUAAGGUUAAUGAUUUCUGCCAAGACCUUAAGUAAUGAGCGUCGCCGCGCCCGUAUUCUCAUCUCUCCAGUGAGGACAAAUAUUCUACAUCUCUACAGUUAUUCAGCUGUCAGGUCGCAGGGAUGUGGGUUUCAGGCUUGUUUCUCCUCCUGGUUGGACUUUUGCAUCGGUCAAAUGCCCAGAGCUCAGAGCCCAUGUUUCAGGAUGUAACAUCAACAGUGCUUCCCCCUGACCGUCUUCACAAUCCCACACAACUCAACUACGGGAUGGCUGUCACAGACGUUGAUGGUGACGGUGACCUGGAGGUGGUAGUUGCAGGAUACAAUGGGCCUAACCUUGUUCUGAAGUACAAUCGAACACAAAACAGGCUGGUGAACAUUGCUAUUGAUGACAGAAACUCUCCAUAUUACGACCUGAGGGACCCGAAUGGAAAGGCUAUUGGAGUCACCGCUUGUGAUGUGGAUGGAGAUGGACGGGAGGAGAUCUACUUCCUCAAUACAAAUAACGCCUACUCUGGACAAGCAUCUUAUUUUGACAAGCUCUUCAAGUUCAGGAAUGGCCGCUUUGAGGAUCUUGUGACUGAUGAACUCAAUACUCGCCGGCGCGUUGCUAAAAAAAUGGCAGGACGUUCAGUGGCAUGUGUAGACAGAAAGGGAACAGGCCGUUACUCGGUCUAUGUUGCAAACUAUGCUUAUGGUGGAAUCGGUGCCCAUGUUCUCUUGGAAAUGGAUGAGGCUGCCAGUGAUGUGGCCAGUGGUAUUAUUGCUCUGUCAGACGUAGCUGCUGAGGCUGGGGUCAACAAGUUGACAGGUGGGCGUGGCGUGGCUGUUGGACCAAUCCUGAGCCAGUCAAGGUCUGAUGUAUUUUGUGACAAUGAGAAUGGAGCCAACUUCUUGUUCAAAAAUAACGGAGAUGGGACUUUUACGGAUAUGGCCAAACAGGCAGGUGUGGAUGAUCCCCUCCAGCAUGGCAGAGGAUUGGCUCUAGUAGAUUUUAACGGUGAUGGAAAGACAGAUAUCGUCUAUGGCAACUGGAAUGGCCCUCACAGACUUUUCCUGCAGGGCAGCAACUUUAAGUUUCGGAACAUAGCCACUAGAGAUUUUGCCGCUCCCUCUCCUGUACGCACAGUUAUCGCCGCAGACUUUGACAACGACAGGGAGCUGGAGGUGUUUUUCAAUAACAUUGCGUACAGACAGGACUCUCCAAACAGACUGUUCAGGGUGUCAAGGAGGGCAGAUGCAGACCCUUUGAUCCAGGUCCUUAAUGUGGGAGAAGCUGCAGAGCCUCAGGGACGAGGAACAGGUGGCACUGUGACAGAUUUGGAUGGGGAUGGACAGCUGGACCUGCUGCUGGCACAUGGAGAGAGUUAUGAACAGCCAAUCUCUGUCUUCAAGGUCAAGGAGGGCUCAUCUAACAAUUGGCUGCGGGUUAUCCCACGCACCCAGUUUGGUGCUUUCGCCCGAGGAGCCAAGGUCACGGCCUUCACCAACCUGAGUGGAGCUCACACACGCAUCAUCGAUGGAGGCUCAGGUUACCUGUGUGAGAUGGAGCCUGUUGCCCACUUUGGUUUAGGAAAUGAUCAGGUCACAGUACUGGAGGUCUCCUGGCCUGAUGGCACCUCCUUCACUCGAACCCUGGAGCCUGGUGAAAUGAACUCCGUGGUGGAAAUCACCUAUCCUAAAGAGGGGGAAACAGCUGUGCUUGCCAACGACACGCAGUGUGGUCAGGGUUUUGCUGUUCAGAAUGGCCACUGUGCAGCAUUGGCUCCAUUUUAUGACGGCAUCCACUCGUCCUCUGUGGCCAAAUGUGAAGCUUCCCUUUUUAAGAUAGUUCUGCUAUUGUAUGUCAUGGCUCUCUUUGCACCAGUGUCAGACGAUGAUCUUGGUGUUCAAAAUAAUAAGGAAAGAUGGCCUUGCACACUGCAUGCAUUUAUCAAGCUUUAAGAUUUGAGUCUCGGUGAAAUGCUGCGUCACAUGUAUGGGCAGAUCCACUACAGAAUAGCACAGCUUUUGGGGUGUGCAGAUAGUCAAGUGGUUUAAGAUGCGAAGGGGGUUCGAAUACGGCCUGUGGCCCUUUACUGCAUGAAACGGCACGUAAGUAAAUCUAAAAAACAAACAAAAAAAAACCAAAACAAAAAAAAGAAUAGCAUGGCUUUUUGCACUUUUUUAUAACUGUGCAAAUGACAUAAAGAUAAAGGGGAAAUCUGUGGGAGCUGCAUGCAAAAUGCAUGCAAACUGCUCAGCUGACCAAACAGCACUCUGUCCCAUUUACAUGUAUGUUAAAGACGGAAUAUAAAACAAUUUGGUGCAAAUUGCGCCCUUGUAUUCAGGCCAGUACUAACUUUCAGAGACGGAAAAAGGUUCACGACUAUUGUACUUAACUAAAAGUGCAGUUAUUCUGGUUAGAUGUACUUAAGUACAAGUAAAAGUACUGGUCUAAAACUUUACUCAAGUAAAAGUUAAAAGUACUUGAUUUAAAGUUUUCUUUAAGUAGAGUACAGAGUAGCUACUGAGGAUUUAUGUAGUAUAUACGUUUAAAAGUAUGAUAUUUCCUUAUUGUCAAGAACAACAGGAGAAUAGAUCUCCAGCUAGGUUGUUCAGGUAAAGUCACAACUCUGUAAUAAAAUACACAGCAAAAUCAACCCUGUUAAUUAAACUAAUAUACAGUUAAAUUUGAACACUUUAAAAGAGUCUGUUUUGAUCCACCCUACAUAUAGUUAAGAUAUCCCUUUAUUAGUCCCACCGGGGGAAACUCCAAAACUAGUUAAACUGCACUUUUAAUUGUUGAAUAUUUAUAACAAAACAGAGCUGUAGCAAUUCUUGAAAAUAUGUGGCAAGGUGAGUCUCCUCUGGCAAGAACAAAGCAAGACAAUGCAUACUAAUGAAGAAUACACCUAACGCAUCCUUUAGGAGCAACUAAAGUCACAGGUGGUAACUCUAACUCAGUGCAUUUUAACACUAAAUGAAACCAGGUGUUAAAUUUGGCACCAUUUCCUUCAAACCCUCUUGCUUCUCCUAUCUCAUCUUAAGCUAGUUUUCCUGUGUAUCCUAAGAUCGUUUUUUACAAUCAUGUGCCGUUGAACUGGUAGUAGUGGGCAAGACCCACUUUUGAAUUAGAGUAGGGCUAAACUUGGUGCUUUUAGUAUGGUCCAAAACACCUUAGUGGAUCUGCCCUGGAGUCUGUUUGGUGAACAUUUGCACUGGUGAUCAGGAUGCAUGCAUAAGUCCCCUCAUUUUUUAAGUCAGCAUUGAAAAAUGUUCCUGGUAUUGUGGCCUUUAUCAAAUGACUGCAGGGUUAAAAAUUUUGUCCAACAUGCGUGCUAACAUUAUGCAUUUCCUCUGAGAAAGUGUCCCACAUCAACAUCCUAUGAACAAGUUUUUGUAGCAUGUAACUUAUGUCUGCAGUCUACUUGCUAAAAUCUUGCUUGCUACCCUUUUUUUACUGUCAUGUCAAAUCGUCAACAUUGAAAAGGGCUGUUUCAUAAAUAUGUUAAUUUCUUUUUACGUAUCUUCCAGAAAUUGGCUGUACACGUUUUGCUAAACUUUGUUUUGACAUACAGCAUGCCUAUAUGGAUGAUGACGUAAUAAAAUUACAGUAAUGGUUUUGAGGGUCUCUGUUCUGUGGGUGACAGUCUGACCUAGAAUCUUCAAUAUAAAACAAGUUUGAUUUAUAUGUUUUGUAGUUGGGAAGUCUUGGAUGCAGUAUGGAGUAGUAAAAUGAUUGUUUUGUCCUCUUUGUCUUAAUACUGACCUUAAAGUUGGCCUUAAAUCAUGCCAUGUGUGGCCAGCUUUUGUCCAUAACAUGCUGCAGCCAACAUACAACCACAAUAAUGAAGAUUUGUAAAAGCCACGAUAAAUCUUUGUUUGUUUGUUUUUUUGUUUUGUUUUGUUUUUUUAACAAAAGACUGACAAUUGAAAUACUGGAAAUCCCAUCUCAUCCUUGAUAUUCACAUGCUUCUUUUAUUACCUGCCAAAAUUUCAGCCAUGGAAAUAAAAUGUAUAAAAAAAUGAAA